CGAGGUUUUUGGAAAGAGCGCUUAAAUGUACAAAGCUGUUUAGUUUUGUAUUAUUGAUGUUGACUGUUCAGAAAUGUGCUUUCUGCGAUCCUGAUUCUCCAAAGUUUCAGGAUCUAAGUUGGAUAUUACUUUGUCGUUGCAAUGAAAGUAUUGAUGAACGUGAGCCUGGAUUACAUCAUAUUUAAAUUUUUAAGCAUUGGAAUGGCGUUGGUGUAAACCGGAAUCUCCACUGCAGUCCUUCCAGCUGUCUGAAAAUGAUAAGACUGUUACAUUUCAUCCGACUAUUAGUUGGGGCACAGCUGUUGCACGUGGGACUGCCCUACUAACGAAUGGCCUUCACUAUUGGGAACUUAAAGUUGUAUCUCCACUUUAUGGAACAGAUGUGAUGGUUGGAAUCGGUCGAACAUGUGCAAAACUAGAUCAUUAUUCACAAGAAUUCCGUUCGGUACUUGGUAUUGAUUGUGAUUCGUGGGGAUUAAGUUAUCGUGGUGCACUUAUGCAUGAUGGUCAAACAUAUCCCUUGGGAUCUUGCGCUUUCAAAAAGGGUAGUAUAAUUGGCUGUCUUCUCGAUUUGUGGCAUUUAAAGCUUUACUUCUACGUUGAUGGACAAUUGAAUCCGAAUGCUUGUUUCAAGUAAGUUUUCUCAAUACUUCAGUCUACUUGUAACCUAACGAAAAGUAAUGUUCAUCAGUGUUGCACUCGACUCUUUUUAUCUAAUUCCAUCAAAAUUACCCUCCUAGAUAUGACCCUUCACCUAACUCUGCAUAGGUUGGUCUUCUAUUAGGUUUACUUGUCGACAUAGAACAUGAGAAUGACAGUUCUAUUUGUUGCAGACGCCGAUAAAAUGUAGUCUUCUAAUGUUCUUAAGCAACAGUGUAGUUUGGAAUAGAUUUUUAUCCCUCUAGAUGGAAAGUGUUGCUUCAGAACCGAAAUACGUUAACCCCAAAGCUUCUAUAGAGAGUAAAGUGGUUGAGUGUAUCGAUCACUGCACUUGCCGUUGAGAUUUAAUCGGUACUGAUGGAUUUACCUGACGAAAGCUCAUUUGGUCUUUGGCGACUUGCGUCACUUGUGUCGUAGGUGACACCCAUGUAUCUUAUUUUUUACUCCAUAACCUUCAAACGGUCUGUUAAAAUUGAAGACAAAUAGACUAUAUAUACGUUUAAAAUUAAUAAAUAUGCUCACAACUGGGCAUCAAAAUAGGUAUACGUCACACUAAUAAGGAAAUAAAGUCGUGAAGAGGUAGAGUAAGGAGGAGAAUAUAAUUGAAACAGAUCAAUAAAAGUAAGCUAAUUAGUGUAGUAUAUGAUAAAAAAGUUCAGUUAAAUAAACCGGGAGGAAUUUGAGCUAAGGGAGAUCCCUCUAUAUUUAUUAAAACUGUAUAAGAAAACUGCAGUAAAACCGCUACUGUCUCACCAUCCAGAAGUUCCAAAUCUUGGGAUCGUGACUGACCAACGGAUUCCAGUCUUAUAGUUUUCUUAUCAGAAGGGUUUUGUGGAUAUUAUAGUAAUUUCAAUGGUUGAGAUCAUGAGUCAAUUGAAGCUAGACCACCAUGAAAAACCUGUAAGCACUGGACAGCCGUUUCGUCCUAUUGUAGGACUCCUCAGCAGUGUGCAUCCACGACCCCGCCUCGCGAGAUUUGAACUCGGACCCACAAUAGGACGAAACGGUCGUCCAGUGCUUACAGGUUUUCCAUGGAGGUCUGGCUUCAAUUGGCUUAUGAUCUCAACCAUUGAAAUUAUAGUUUUCUUACAAAUCCUUAUACCACCUCAUAGACUGCUCACUUCGUUCCAGGAUUGGCGAUUAAUGUACGUUGUGAAAAUCGCUGGGAUGACAUUUUUAACACACAUCGAAGCCACUUAAUGAAACCACUUGAGUUAUCGUCACUACAUCCAAACUCACAUCACCGAACCUCAGAAUUAAUAAUAUGGUGUUGCCAAUGGAUUUCGGCAGUUCUUCGGAGAUAACGAUGAUGGGACAAAAAGAGUCAUUGAACAUUUUCAAUUUGGAAAGGCCAGGUUUCACAGAUAUAAAGCAAAGCUAUCGUCACUUGCAUGUUGUAAACCCUACCUUUUACUGUCAUUAAAUCAGGAUGGCUCCAAAAGUUGUCCAGAUUGUCACAACUCGCUUCGGUUUUUACUAUACGUAGACUGAUCUCAUCAAUAGGGACAUCACCAGGACUCACUUAACUACCGAGAUAUAAGAAUAUCUUGACUAAUUUUAAAGGCUAUCUACAAAGGGUUUAUGCAUACACAAGUUCUUGCCAGGCUUGUAAGAGUAAUUUACAUUUGAAGGUGUGAAGUACGUGCCAUACCUGCAGUCACUGAUUGGCAACUAAUUAAACGCGAUAUACAUAGUUUGAUUGUCACAGCACAAGACGAUAUCGCUCGAGUACUUCAGAUCGAAAAGUCUCUGCAGGUAACAGAUAUACUCCAACACUACCUACUUCCAUCACAACUGCUUCAAGAAUAUCAUCAACAAUAGAGUUGGCGAGAAUUGAUGAGAUUGGGAAACCUGUAAUCCCUUUUCUGGAAUAGAAUGAUUAGAGGUGGCUGUAUCCCUUCACUGUGGCUAAAGUGUUUGUGUGCAGAGCCUCAUGACUCUAAGUGCAACACUAACACCAACCAAAUCAGACUCAGAUUCCACAGGAUCGGUGAAUAAGCGCACAUAAAACAAGCUUUUCAAAUUGACGGAUAAAGACCGAAUUCGUAAUCACUCGCUAGUUGUGAAUACAGGUCUCAGUGAUAUCAAGACUUUCUAAGGGCAACCGACUAACUGUUGUGUAAUCUGCAUCGAUGUACGGACGUUGAAGGGGAAAGACAAUUUGAGUCUGAGUUCAUAAGUCUCAAUGUUACGUCAAAUUAGGUGCGAUAUAUAUUUUCAUGGCAUACAGAAGACGAACUUGUCUGUGAUUCCAUGUGUUUCGGUUAUGUAAACAUUCAAAUCUCAACAAUCAUGUCCCAGGUUUGAACUUGUUUUUGGGUAACUAUGUGGUGCAAUUAAUCCUUACGCAAUAUCUGUGGUUCAGAGCCAAGGCCAAAAUCAUGUACCUAGUAUUUAACUUGAACAAAGCUUAAGAUACGUUUUUAGCGUAUCAUGUCAUUCCACAGUUACUACAAUUCAUUCAAAUAGUCAAUUACUGGGGACUCAAUGCUACAGAAUAAAGUCUGUCCACAAUACUGAAUUAUCGGCAAUCAAUUAGUAUGAAGAAUAAAAGUAGUAACCCUUAGAAUAGGUUUCUUCUAGUAAAAUGGAAAUAGUAUACAAAGUAAUGGACAUGGUUAGAAGUCAUUUAAGACAUAAACGUUUGAAAAAUGUGGGUUUUGUAGACCAUGCUCACGCCAGCGCAAUUAUGACCUGAUUAUUCAGCCUAAGUUUCGCUCUUCAAUCACUUUCAUAGACUGGAAUGGUUAGCAGUCUUUCAGGAAGUCGAGUUCGGGAAAUCAUCAAUAUCCUAGUAUUGUCAGGAAUAGUGAGAUGAACGAAACAAGCAUGAUUUGAUCAAAAGAGAAUAAUGUUUUGUCAAAGUUCUGCUGCCGAAAGAAGAAAUGUUUAAUAUAUAUAUCCUUUUCAGACGUCACUUAUCCAGAAGCACCUUUCCCUGUGGGAUGCUGUCCUAAAGAAACGUGCUGGAUGGCAUUUCCCAUCUGUCCUCGAUGAAAGUAUUACUGAGAAUGCCGAUUAUGCGAAUGAAACGCACUCAACCGUUUAAAUCCUUAUUAAAAUGCAGCUAUUUAGACAAAUAUACUAGUUGUAUUUAGUCUUUUCACCAUUAGUAAAUAUCCACAGAUUAUUUCUAAUAACCUUGUUGAAAUCUACAUAUAACACCUUUCUUCGGGUAUUUUUGUACUAUUGCUGUCUAAAUUAUUAAGAUAUUGGAGCUACCAAUAUAUCGUGUGACUUUAGGUUGGAGUAAUUACAGAAGUCAGGUGAUCUUUUAUUUUCCAAGUACAUCUACCUGAAUUAGAAUUAAUAAGACUUCAGAAAUUCUUUAACUUGUUAUUCCUUUAUUAGAAAUGAAAUUCACCAAAGAAACAUUUAAUGUCAUUGUAUCCAUAAGAUGGAAUAUUUUCUGUAGUAGUGAUAGCAAAACCUAGUGAUCGACAAAUGGCCUGUUGAUGAGACUAACAAUCAUUAGGUUACAUCAGCGGGUUAUGGAGUUAGUAAAAUAAAGUGAAUAAGCCUUCAAAUAGAAUAAUCUACACCACGCAAAGUAUGUCUUUUUUUAAAACAACGAUUUGAGUGUAUGAUUAGUAGUGGUACUAUAAGUAAGCCCAUUAAAUUUUUUUACCUACCUGCCGUGAUUUAGAUAAUUAACCCACCAUGUAAAAGUAUGUGUGAGUCUAAUUGGACUCAUGUCUGCACCACAAUCUUUAUCUAUUCUCCCAUUGGUUAUUAACACACAAUUUACAACUUUACCCACAUAUUAAUUAAGUCUUAAAAUACGUAUACGUGCUUCGAAUUUCUACUCGUUGACUCACUUUUCGGUGCGCUUGCCUCUCUCAUGUCUGUGGGUGUUAUUAAUUAGUAACACUAAACAUCUCAACAACUAGUGUUCUCGCUUUUGAAAAUUCUCGAGUCAAUUCAUAGUGCUAUUAUGGGAAUUGGGCUGCUGAAAUAGAGUUAACGGGAUAACGUAUUUUGGAGUCAAAUAGAGAGGAAUUAAUCUCUACAUUACCUCUGAAUGAAAGGUAAAUCACUUCUAGUGGGUGACCAGUAUUCCUUGUUAUUCAGUCUGUCUUGAUAUUCUCAUUACAUUUUUAAAGUCAGUAUGUGGUUACAUGUCAUUUAAAUGUUACUUAUUGAUUGGAAAAAAGAUCUUAAUUAAAACUGGAUUAAUUAAUAAUUCUUGUAUAUGUGUCACUAACCCAUGUAAUCCACUCAAUCGGAUAUCUCAUUCUUAUUUAUGUAUGCUUUCUUACAUAAUCCAUUUAAUGAUUAAAACCUGAGUAGUCUGCCACGUGAUAAUUAUUAUCCAAUGGUAUCUUCAACUACGUUACGAAGUGGUUUUCGUUUGAUUCGUGCAAAAUCUUACUCAAUCACAUUGCAAUAUUUAAUAUGCCAGUAUUUUCUCCACCAGCAACAAAAGCAACCAUCGCUUCAUGCCUGUUUCAAUUUGACCACUUUAAAAUUUCCUGCUGGUCUUCGGGUGAGUGUUGUAACUAUCCUUUUAAUUGUUCUUGUUUGUAUUUGGAUUGAUUACCGAAAAAUAGUCUGUUUCAGCCGAAUCCUACAUCAGGCAACGUCUUCCAUCGAGGGAGAUGGUAGUUAGACACACUAACACAUGUCCCAACUACCUAAGUUGAUAAUGAUUUCCUACCUCACCGAUUGAUUUACCAUCAGUACGUAGUACCCUGUCCUUAACUCAGUCAUUGCUUACUCACUGGUUUCAAAAUACACGGCCGAUACUUUAAAGAAAUUUAUGGUCGAAUUCUAGUAACCAAAUAUCCUCUAUUCUUAAUGGGUAUGUUCCACACCCAUGAAGUUGAACAAAGCAAACUGCUACGCAGUAAACUCGCCUCUUGAUUGACAGGCGAGUGUCUCGCCUACACCACAAGUGACGCAAGUUGGCAAAAGCCAGAAUUGAUGAGACUCCAAAAAUAAGUGGAGUUGAUACGUUCAACUCUUUUAUUCUUUAUCACUAAUUCAGGCUCUGACGCAAGCCAAUCCUGAAGUAACAUUUUGCGUUCGGGGGAAAGAAUUACAUCCCAAAUAUGCUUUCAUCGUGGCUUAAGGUAGUCAGAAGACUGGAUUUUUGGCACUUUGAUCAAACAAAAUUAUAUCAUGUGUUUACUCUAAAUCAACAGGUCAAUCCCCUGGUGGAUCAAACCCUAGAAAAACAGGAUGGUGAGGAUGUUUAUGAUAACAGUAAAUAAAAAUGGGUAAGACGGACAACCCUGAUGAACACCACUUGGAUUUAUCAAUUCUGAUGACAGUUCUUCAUGAGCUCUGACUCCACCAUUAGUAUUCGGGUUGAUAGCCUGUACAAGGUUAAUGUAUUCAUUCAGUACUCCUUUUAAUAACAGGCAUGGCAAAAGAAUCCAUCAGCAGAGCCAAAUUCCACCUUCAGGUUACAAAUAUGAACCUAUUGUUAGUCAACGGCUACCAUGGUACUGCAUCUCCUAACGUUGAUCCACUGCCCUGUGGAUUAGACCUUUAGAUCAAAGGCUCUGGAUGUGGCCCCCUAAGAAAACCUUCCGCUUCGGUUUGGGCACCAAGGCAGUGUCUCAGCCCUCACGCAAAUAGAAAAAUUAUUCUCACUUCAGUUCGCAUUCAGACAAAUCGAAUUCACAAUCAUUUAGUAACAUACUUUUUUUUACCGUUAUAUUCUAUAUCAUUAUCUAUUCCUUUUUAAUUCUCAUUUUGUGUACUUUAUUUUUCAACUUAUACAGGAGCUUGCUUAUGGUUAAAACCCUGUCCUAUAUAAAGGAUCUCAGGUCACUGAAUGUUUCAAUGUUGAGUGAUAUCACCGACUACGAAUACUGAACUAACCUUUCUGAAACCACAUGUGCCAUUCAAAUUGGCUUGCUUAAACGUUCGCACACUAAUGCAGAUCGGGCAACAGACAGAGUUGGUCAUGUCUUUAGAAAGUCUCAACAUCAAUGUCUGUUGUCUAUCCAAGACCUGUAUUCAAGAUUCUGGUGAAGCACUACACAUUCCGUCUCCACUUAUCACUGCCAAAGACUUGUACGUGCUUCUGUCCGGAAACUCUGUGGCAUCUUCGUUUGGUUUUUCUAGAAUUCGUGUCUUAAUAAGCGCUGGAACAGAGCCGGCAUUAUUCGACUAGAUCCCCAUCGAUAGUCAAUUAUGCUCUGUUAGGAUAGAAAACUCCAUCAAAGACAGAAAUCGGUAUGAGAAAAGAUGUCUUUUCGUUAUCUUCUGCUUAUGUCCCGACGGAUCGCAGCCCCGAUGCAAUCAAGAAGGAAUUCUAAAGGAAAUCAAAUGACUUCAGGAAAGCGCAUUCGGCAGAUAUUGUAGUGCUAGCUGGAGAUUUAAAUACUCGUAGGAGAGUCACUUAGGUGACUGUGUGCAGGAGUGUUAAUCCUUUUGGAAUACUUAUCUGGACUCUAAUCAUGCUCUCAUCUGCGCUAAUCUUAUCUUACUCUUCAGUGGCCAACAAAUUCUUCGUCCUCAAUGAAUGACUACAGAAAAUUGGUUGCAGCCAAAUAUCAAAUCAGGAUAAGUUCAAGGUUAGUUAUCAGCCACCGAAAAGUAUAGAUGGGCAUUGGCCGCAGUUUCAUGACGACAUGAAAAUGGCGAGUAAAGUUGCUUGCUGCUUCGCGAAACUUCCCGCUUAUAAGCAACUCAUCCUAGUCACUGGCACCAAGAAAUCUGGUGUGAGUGAAGCAAUUUGCGAAGCUAACAUGAUGCUAAUCAAUAACAUCUACCGACGUCUUGAACGAUAGUAUGCUGCCCCCCCCCGCAACAUCGAUCAACCUAUCCUGCUUUCCAUGGCAUGUGACGACUGAUCCACUUAAGGAGGCGGAAGUCCUCAAGGAACCCCAACUCCAGUAGCGCUACAAAUUCUCAUGGCCAUAUGGCUGACUUACCUUCAGCCCUUUUUAAAGAUGUUGGAGGCAUUCUGGUUAAAGAACUGACUGCGUUGUUGACAAAGGUCCGGCGGUUAGAGGGUGUUUCAUCAUUGUGGAAUGAGUCAAUAGUUGUUCCUAUUUUUAAAAAGGGUUCACGUCAUUUCUGUAACAACUAUCGGGGGAUAAGUCUACUUUCGAUUGCGUCCAAACUACUAGCUUCCGUCUUAGUUUAUAGAUUGUCCAAAAUUCGAGAAAGAUUGACUCGCGAGCAGUAGGCUCGUUUUCGUUAUGGUCGAGGAUGAUUGGUCAUAUCUUCACUAUCUGCCAAAUGUUAGAACAUUGUCAUACUUAUUACAGACCAACCAUAAUAGUGUUUUUCGAUAGUACGGUUGCCUUCGAUUCGUUGGAUAGGACUUUUCUAGGAUUGUCCAUUAAAGAAGGGUGUGUCUGAGACGUUUAUUUGCAGCUUGAUAGCCCUACAACCACUUCAGAUAGUGAGGGCAUACAACCACGUCUCACCACUGUCUCAUUCAAGCAGUGGGGCUAGGUAGGGUUGCCCAAUCCCACCAUUCCUCUUUAACUUUGCCAUCGAUGACGAUCUGGAAACAGUUCUGAUGGAUGUAGGUAAUAGUGAUGUGAAUCUGUUGCCUGUGGAAAAACUUUGGGACCAUGAGUGUGCGGAUGAUAUUUUAUGACAAUACCCGAACUAUGCAAUAGGCUCCUAAUCCGUGUCCGUAAGUAUGGUAUAUGCUUUACACCUAAGUGCACAGUACUUUUACAAGAUCGGCAGGACCCCAAAACUACACUCACCCUGGGUGGUGAGCAGGUAGAAAUAGUCGGGCAGUUCGUGUGUCUGGGUAGUUGCUUAUGUGCUGGCGUGAGAUUAAUUUACGUAUGAUGAAAGCCAGAGCGAGUUAUGCCAACCUAGAUCGUCUUUGACGCCUUUGUGAUGUUAGUCUGACUGUCAACGGUUGGAGCUACGACGCGUCGGUGAGAACAGUUCUGCCCUAUCUUUUUAAGACCUGGCCUCUCCGAGUUGGGGUUUUUAACUGACUCUUUGUGUUUGAUCAUCGUUGUCCCCAGAGGACUGUUGAAAUGUACUGGCAACACUAUUUGUAACGCAGAGGCUUGGCGUCGUGUGUUUGGGUGCAGGGACGAUAUUUCAAUUAGUGUUGCCAUCUUGAAACACCGAAUUCGGUGGCUCGGGCGUCUUACGAAUAUCGGUUCGGCGAACUUCACAUCGCGCACUGUUUGCCGAUGCUGGGACUGGUUGGAAAAAUUGGAGAGGUGGUCAGUGUAUGACACGAUGUAGUGGUAUGAAGGAGAGCCGUACAAGAAUGGCAUCUGUUUGUCCUUCGCGAGUACCUAGUUGGAGUUCUAGAGAUAGUGUAACAGUGUCUUGAGACGUUAUCAGAUGUUAUUAUUUUCUAUUUAUGAACCGAUAUAACCGGCUUAUGGGAUAUCGAUUUACAUGCUCGAACGUCUAGCACUUCUGCUCAUGUGACCAAACUACAGUAGGCGGGACCAAAUUGAAAUCCAGAACCUCUAAUGCUUUAACCAUCAAGCCACUGGUUUUCCUUUUUAAAGUUCAGAAGUAUAGACAGACUAAAAUGCUUUAUUUUAUAGUAACUCAAUUAUGAUGUCAAGUGAAUUGUGGUGUAAUACUGAAAUUUUACGCUUGUUACUGUAGCCCUGUUGUACAAAAUAUAAUUCUCUUUCUGCACCGCAAGCAGUCUACAGCAUUUUGCAAUGGUUUAAAGCUAUUAAAACUCGUUUUAUGGUUUUCUCUUCUGUAUGCAGGAAAUUUUAAGCAACACUUUACCUCACUCACUAUUCUUCAAUCAAAUCCAACAAUUAUCCUUCAUUUAUAAUGAUGUAAACAAAGCGCCAUCUCUUCUGCCUGUUGACUCACCUGAUCCUUUCUUAUGGAUUAGUUUUUCUCCAUCUGAUUCAAAUGAUUUAAACAGUAGUACAAAGGGCGAUAUGGAUAAAUUUGACAUUGAACCAUACUCUCCGGAAGAGUUCGAUUUGUAUUCGGAUGAUUUGUUGAAUGAACGUGAGAGAUCAGUAGACAAAGAAGAUGAUAGUUCUGAUGAAAAUCAUCCAACUUGUGAUGGAAUAAAUGAGACCAAUUUUUAUAUGUGAGUUUUUUUGCAUGAUAUAUGAAAUUAUUAAGCAAGAGCGUAUUACUGAAGUUGUAGUUGAUUAUCUAGAAGUUCAUGGUUUGCUUUUCUUCGAUAUACAAGUAGCUUAUAAUAUGUUUUUCAGUCAGUCCUAAUCAACGUAAGACCUGAGACGAAUGUAUACGAUAUCACCACAACGAAUUGAAAUUAGUAAGGUGAGUAUCAAAGGUGUCGAAACAACAGUAGUAUCAGUAGUUGUAGGAAAAUCUAGAAAUAUAGAAUUUGUUUCGAAAACAAGUAAUGAAAAACGAGAAUAAAAUGCAUGAAAUAUCAAAACCUAUGUGUUAGAGACAAAUAAUAAUGAAUAAACAUAUGCAUGUGAGACUCAUUUUAAGCAUUUCAUGGCACAGCCUCUACGCUGACACAGUGAUCGAACCUGUUUAUCUCUGUAAACCUUUCUGGUUUCAUUCUCUGAGUUCUUACUACAUCACUGAAGCCUGCCGAGAAGUGAUUAGCUCAAUCGCAGCAUAUAAAUUUUGUGUACAUUAGGUCACACUCCUCCUGUAUCUAAACACUACUAUAAUAAUUCUGAAGACUAAUUAGAAAUAAUUAUCGUUGAGACGGUCAUGUUCCAUACUAGUAAAAAAUAUUUUAUUCACAAUAGAUCUUUUUAAGGAACCAUCGAGGUUUUGGAAAAGAAAAUGACAUUGUUCUUUCGAUCUAUAUCUUCCUUGAAACCAUUGUUCAUCAUCUCGGUUUACAAUUAAGUGGCAUUCCCGGUAUGUUGAAGCAGCCCUUGUAUUUCUCUAAAGCCAAAGAGUAUAUCAAAUCAUAGUGAUUCAUUGUAUAUUGUAAUCAUGUAUAUUUUCAAUCGGUUGUCAAGUGCUGGAUUUUUGAAAUUAGAAUUUAUACUUUGAUGCGAUUGCAAUUGAUUGGUCUUUUCGUGUGAACUAAUUUAUUUAAUUUCUCCUUUUCCGUACUGUAGUUUAUGAAAUACCCUGUGCUUUUGAGAAAUCUAAUAAAUGAAUAUAAUUAUCGUGACAACUUAUAUGUCACAGUCAUAAAUUAGGCACCAUAAAAUUAUAAAUCACGUAUUAACUAAUCGGUCUUUUCAUUUACCAAUACCAUAUUUUUUACGUCGUAUGAAACGAGACUGGUAUGGAUUUAUCAUCGAUUGAAUUGUCCAUCCCUCAAGAUAUUAAACUUGAAAUACUCUCAACAGUCUCCAUAUCUAGCUAGCCGAAAAAUGUAUUCGUUGCUUACUCCUCACGCAAUUCAGUGAGGGCAGCCUGAGUAACAUCAGUAACCCUCACACGUAAUAUGUGACUUGAAACUUAGUACAUGUAUCUGUACUAAGUUACUUAGUUCCAUUAGCAUACGCUACUUUUGUCCUUGUUAUUAAUAUUCAGUGAGUGUACAUUAUUUUAUCCAAAAAAUAAAAAAAAGCACCGGAGUUACUGUAACUUCAUAAAAUUCAGAACCUCAAUAUAUGACGAUGACUGUUUCUGAUAUUGAGUAAGUGAUUUUAAGUGUAAGCUGAUUUUUAACUCGAGACGAUUCCAUAUUUUUUAAAAUUUUACACUGCUUUCUUUCCCUACUAUAUAAAACUAGAUCUACAACUACUGAAAGCAGUCAAAAAAGGCGUUAUCAAGCUGCCAUGUCCGCAAAUUGUGUGUUAGACAGACUAUUUGUUUUGGCUGCAAAAUCUACCAAAAAGGACGAUAAGUCUAGUGAACCAACAUCCCAUCUGAUGCGUAAUAUGAACUCUGUUGUUUAUGACCAUGCACUCUGGGGUGAAUUUGACGAAUAAGAAAAACUGUCAAAAUCAUAAAUUUUCAGUGUUACAAUCGAUCUCUUAAUAUCUUUACUGAAAAAUGAAUUUGUAUAUAAAGAGGUUCACAGUGUUGCUUGUAUAUUCUUGAAUCUAAUCUUUCUUUUAUUAAUAUAAAACUUUCGAUAUUACGGUCUUGUUUUUAUGUGGUAUUUAGUAUGUUUUCCUGUGAACUGCUUGUUGUUUAAUUUAAAAUAGUAGAAGUACAUUGAGUCUCUUGAAUAUUUUGAUUAAAUAAAAGAAAAGGGCUCUGUCCUUAAUUCUUAUGAAAAUAUCGAUUCUUAAAUCCUUUAGCUAUGAUCAGAACAAUUUAUUCCAAUCUAAUUAUUAUGAGUUCGACCCUCUUGUCGAAAGCAGUCGGGAAUCGCGAAUAAGAAUAUUCAAUCAUAUAAUUGAUGCUUAUAAUGAGAACCUUGCUUGUGAUUGCUCUCCUGACGAUCGUCAGAAUGUCGGAAUUUCAUCUGUGUGUUAACUCUAUGAUGCUAAAGUAGAGUACUUUCUGACUGAGUAAUUCUUGACAUUAUUCAUCAUUUUCGUUUUUUUAUCACUCGUCUUUGACUAUUAGUGAUAGCCAUUAAAUUUUUUCAAAUAUCUGUUCAUUGUAAAGAAGUUGGAAGUGGUAAAGGACAUAACACUUAGAAGCCAGUAUUGUAGAGAUCAUAUGCUGCAUAAUUUUAUUUAUUUAUCGUUUAUGACAUAUUGAUCUCUUUGUUCGUCAGUGAUUUUCACUCUUUCACAGGUAUAGUGACAUCGACAGUGCUUUUUAAGUUUUUAUAAAUCACUGGGAAUCCCAGAAACAUUGUUUCAAUGUAUUAUAUGAGUCCUUUUAUCUGUCGUUUGUUUCGUUAUAAUUAAAAAAAUUUCCCAUUUCGUUUUCAGCUUGCUAAGUGUUUAUCAAAGGCAGGAAAUUGUAUAAAUUAAUUCUAUGUCCUUUUACGAUUCAGAAACAUAUACCAGUGACAAUCAAAAUUCGCGUUCUGAAUCCAGUCGAUCGUCUCGAGAAUCACCCGUUCAAAAUGUGAACCUAGACAAUGAGAUAAGUACUACCACUAGUCUACCUAGUAACUUGUUUUGGCGCAGUCGAAGUCAACCUCCGUUCGGUGAAAAUUCAAACCACGUGAAUACACCGUAUGGACCAAAUUUUUUAAAUACCGAGUCCAAUCAACAAGUGUCUGUAAUAAACCAUGCUUACCCGGGUCGCACAUUAGGGAGUUCGCACCAAACAGUUGGAGCUGGUUUGUCUGGUAGUACCCGCUCCGUUGGUCUAGGUAGCACAAACAGAACUUCUGUGGUUGGAACGCCUCGAAGCACUCAUCAGCGCCGUUUGCUUCGAAUGGCUCGUUUCACACAAAAUCGUGAUAGUAUUCCUGGCUUAUUGAGCAGUAGCAGUAGUAAUAGUAGUCUUCUUGGUCGAUAUCGCACAAUAAGUGGAGUCAACUCACAUCCUCAAUCCAUUGAUCCUUCUGUUUGUGAAUCUCAUCUGUCUCGUUUAUUGAGAUUCUCUUCACUUCGAUUUGACGAUAGUGUGUCAGACGAGGCUGAAACAUCAGUAAAGAGACAGGAAUCACCUUUAGGUGACUGUUCAAAUGAUGAAUUCGCUGAGCUUCCGGUUAGAUUGGGUCCGACUCAUUACAAUUUUCUCCCAGCUAACAGAUCAUCAGAGCAAAUCCCACUUUCACACUCACUACCUUCAUCAAGUAGCCCUUCACAGGAACCUCCUCAGGAACAACCACCACUCAAUCCCGGUAACACCCAUACAAACAACUUAUCUCCCAUUCCCAAUUCAUUAAUACCAACGAAUUCUGAUUGUGAUAAUGACAACCAAGAUGGUAACUGCUCAGCUUCUGCUACUAGUACUGAUCUAACAAGUAUCUGGAUCCCACCAACUCCAAAACAAUGUGUUGUGAAAUUCCCCAAGCGUGGAGAUCUGGACCAUCGAAGAGGUGUAACUGGAGCGAGUUCGAGUUAUCAACCUGAAGCCGAUCAUGACUUUUAUCAAAAUUCUUGUUUUGUAUCGAAGUCACCGCAUAGAAGUAGCGAUCAUCUAUAUAGGACGUUUGCUAAACUUAAUGAACUUCGUUGCCAUGGUUUAUUUUGUGAUGUGGUCUUACAAGCUGGUUCAGUGAAGGUACCUGCUCAUCGAAAUGUAUUGGCAGCCAGUUCCCAGUAUUUUCAUGCUAUGUUUACUGGAUCAAUGACUGAAGCUCGUUCUCCCUGUGUGGAAUUUCGUGGGAUAGAAAGUUCGGCUCUCAUUCAGCUUGUCAACUUUAUUUAUACAAAUGAAAUCAAUGUAAAUGAAGAGAAUGUCCAAACACUUUUACCGGCUGCUAAUUUAUUACAGUUAACAGCUGUUCGUGAUAUUUGUUGUGAAUUUCUUCAAUUUCAAUUGCAUCCUAGUAAUUGUUUAGGAAUUCAAAGAUUUGCUGAUCUACAUAAUUGUCAAGAUUUACUUGAUUUCACUAGACGCUUUACAGAACAACAUUUCGGUGAACUAUUAAAACAAGAUGAUGAAUUUGUAAAAUUGAGUUCAGAUCAACUCAUAGAAUUAAUCUCUAGUGACAGAUUAGCUGUUUCUGAAGAUCAAGUUUUUGAAGCUGUUCUUCGAUGGAUUGCACACAACCCAUCUAAACGACAAAAAGAAGCUCAAAAUCUUUGUUCACACGUUCGAUUCGCGUUACUUCCACGAGAUUAUUUAGUACGCCUAAGUCAAUCAGAUAAUUUCCUGACUGUGAAUCCAUGGUGUAAAGACUAUUUAAUUGAAGCUCUCAGCUACCAUUUACUACCAUGGGAUCAAAAAUUGCGUAUGGCUUCUGAGCGUACAAAACCGCGUACUCCUGUUGGUUUACCGAAAAUUCUACUUGUUAUUGGUGGACAAGCUCCUAAAGCUAUUCGUUCUGUGGAAUGCUUCGAGUUUCAAGGAGGUUCUUGGACGUCAUUAUCUAGUGAUUUUGUGCAAAGGGAUAACUCUUCAUCGUCCACCAGUCAACUUGUGUGUAAUCCAUCAACAUCUCAAUCUACAUCAAAUAGCUGCGCCAAUUCAGUGAUUCCUAAUGUUAACUGUAAUAGUGAUAGUAUUUGUAAUUUGAUUGUAUCUGAUCUUCCAAGUAGACGUUGCCGUACUGGUGUGGCUGUUCUAGGUGGGUUGAUUUAUGUGGUUGGAGGGUUUAACGGCGCUUUACGUGUGCGUUCAGUUGAAGUGUACGAUCUUUUACGCAACACAUGGCAUUCUGGACCGAAUAUGGAAUGUAGGCGCGCUACUCUGGGUGUUGCUGUUUUAAAUGGUUUAAUCUAUGCAGUGGGCGGUUUUGAUGGGACUGUCGGUCUUAAUUCGGCCGAAGUUUUGGAUAUUUGGUCUGGUAGUUGGCGACCUAUUCCAUCUAUGACAUAUCAGAGAUCAUCAGUAGGAGUCGGCGCUUUAGAUGGUAAAUUGUAUGCUGUUGGUGGGUAUGAUGGAACAGUUCGUCGUUGUCUUUCUAGUGUAGAAUGUUAUGAUCCUGUCAGUGAUUCCUGGUCCCUGGUUUCGGAAAUGACGUGCAGACGAAGUGGACCUUCUGUUUGUGAAUUAAACAACCGUCUGUAUGCUGUUGGUGGUCAUGAUGGACCAACUGUACAAACUUCAGGCGAAGUGUUUUCUCCAGAGACAGGGACUUGGCAACGUAUCGCGGAUUUAAAUGUCAAACGUAGAAAUGCAGGUCUAUUAGCACACGAUGGUUUUUUAUAUAUUAUUGGUGGUGAAGAUGGUGAGAAUAAUUUGACCAGUAUAGAAAAAUAUGAUCCUACUGCAAAUACAUGGUCAAUACUUCCAAGCCAUUUAACAACUGGUCGAAGCUACGCUGGUGUGGCCAUUAUUGAACGGAGUUUUAUCUAAAUGUACACUAUGUGUAGGCUGUACAUGUGCACGCUCGUGCGUGCCGGUGUACAAAUGCAUAAUUAUAUAAUACGAAAGUGGUUUGUAGUUGAAUUAUUAUUACUAGUAUUAUUAUUAUUUCCAGUUACUUACUUUUACUUCGAGUUUUAUUUUCUUACGAUGUAUUACUACUAAUUUUAAGUUUUGGGGUUAUUUUAUUUAUUUAUGUAUUUAUUCUUAAUGCCUUUAUUGUUUAUUACGUUCUAGUUUGAUUCGUUCUACAAUUUGUUUUGAUUCAUAUUUUGUUUCAUGGUAUAUAAACAACUGUAGCAUUGAUAAUUCAUUUUGCUAUGCAUUCAUCCCUUCAUUUUGAAGUGUUUAUUUACUUGGAUAUUUUGUUGGCAUAUUUUUAUAUGUGUUAGUAUGAAUUUUCUUAUUAAUCACUGUGCCAGCGUAUGUGCGCGUACACACUAGAAAAUUAAUAUCUUGUCUUAUUUACUUCGAUAUGUGUUCCCCUUCAAUACAGCUUAUUCCGUCCAGAAUAGAAAGUGAUGAUGAGUCAUAAAACAAUCAAAACCU